UGUGUGAGUGUGUGUGUGUGUGUAGAUGGUCGUCGUUGUAUGCUGUGUUUCAAUGGUGUUUCAAUAGCAGACGACUCAAACCAACCAGGACACCGCCGACGUCCUUUUUCGCCCGUGUGUACGGUGGAUGGUGAUGAUCUUUAGCCCAAUGUCUUCCUCAGCCGCAGUAGUGUGGAGAGGGUGCCGUCAAGCAGUACAGUGUGUGUAACAGCAUCUUAAAGGCCCAAUUAAAAACAGACUCAAUGAGCUGGUGAAAGUGUGCGUCCGGAGCGACGUGAAGUGUGUCGGUGUGUGUGUGUAUGUGUGUGUGCAAGUAUUAGAGAGGCACCCGGCCACCUGAGCAGCAGAACACAGUGUGUCAGACAUUGGGUGCCUGGUAGUAUUUCGCCCCCUGCUUUCCAAGGAUACCGGCUGCGUGCAUGUGCAUUCGUGCCGGUGCAUCCUAGUGGUUGCACAUCCCUUACACCCACUCAACCCCUCCCCCCUCCGAAGCCGUCCGGUCACAGAAAUGUCGUGCUGUGAGGGCACUCGGUCGCUGCACAAGCGCUACAAAAUAUCACUAGCUGGCGGUGGGAAAGGUGGUGCCGGUACGGCGGCACCAUGCGCGACCGCAGACCCAUCACCACCAGCAUUAUCAACGGCAUCGUUAUUAGGCUCAUCCACCACAGCGCCCCAGAAUGAUAGUAGCCGCGUGUGCGGCAUGGCGAUCGCGGACCUUACCACGCGCCACAGUGAUAGUAGUAGCAGCGGCAGUACCCGCGACAGUGGUUUUAGUAUAAGCACUACCAAAAGUGACCCCCGGUUGAAUAGGAGUAGCGAUAGCAGCAGUAGUAUUAUCAGUCCCGCCCGCACACGCCGAAGGACGACAGCGGCGACGGCCGGCAGCCGGGUAGCGCCGGUACGAUGGACGUCCGGGCAUUAUUGCCGGACCGGGAUCGCGCGGCUGUUGGUAGUUUUUGUAAGUAGCAUCCUGCUGUUCGUGCACGGACCGAUCCGUGCUGGGGCGGUACUGCUCGACACGAACGGGGGCGCCGGUGGACCCGGCGACGGCAAGGCACCGGUGCAGGCGUUCGGCGACGAGCUGGGCGGCGUUAACCUGGAACGGAGCAUAGCGGCUGUGUUUAGCCGCGUUGCGUACGGUUCCACCACCACAACGAAGCGCAGCAUACCGGACAACGUGUACGUGCCGAGUUUGACGACCGUCUCCACACCGCUGCUAACCACGUUUAGGUACGAUAACAAGAAUAAGGACGCACUGGGUGGUUCGAGUCCCGCCGGUAGUCUGGGCGAUAAGGACUCGCACUACAACCAGCAGCAAAUCAGCGCUAACCAUCGGAACUACGAGCUGGAUCUUGAGCGGGACCAUGUACUGCCAACGUCGGCCCCGAACGCGGAGAUCCUCAAGAGCAACAGUAAUCCGACCUACCCGAACCCGAACCGGCACCACAACCACGACCGUCACCGGCACUCGAACUCUACGCCCUACCCGCACGGUCACAACGCGAAAAAGGGCUUUCCGACUAAUUCGAUGUUUUCCGGAGAUAUUCCAGCGUAUUCACCGCCGUCGCGUACGUUCUUUACGCCUCCACUGCCACGAAAUUACACGAAUCCGUUCGCCGACAAGCCAACGCUGCGCGGUACGAACAGUGACAGCACGAUCAUCAACACGGGCACCUACGCGAACAGACGGCCACUGCCACCGCCAAGCUUGAUGCCGGGUCACGAACGAAUCCCAAUGCGCCCACCGGAUCUGGUCCCGGGUGCACCCGGUACCGGUGGUCUCGGUGGGGGCGUAUCGCCCAACGGAGGAGGUAAUCCAAAGGUGGCAGGAAGUCCGGAUCUCAGUGGUGGCAUGAAUCCACCCGGCGCACCCGGGCCAUCUUCCUCCCAGUCGAUGGAGGCCCAGCGGAAGAAGGCACUCAACACACCGUCGGAAAAGUCCAACAAACUGGAUGCGGCCAAGGGUGGUUACGAUGGCAACAAUAAGCUGUUCCUGCUGGAUGAGAACGCCAACUCGAGUGCGAUACUGCCGAACGGUAUGCACUUCCCGUCGAUCUCACGCAUCCUCUCCGGCUCGAACGGCCGUCCGCAGAUGAUACCGGAUGUGCUGCUGCGCUCGGUAACUUCGGCACCACGCCCCAACCAACCGGCGUACGAUCUGGCCGGUGGCGCCGGUGGUACGACUUCCCUGAGCAAUGCCAAAAGUCCGGGAGGUGCGUUCGGAAAUAGACCGGUCGGGUUGGACGGUGACCGGGACCGCGAUGGGUUAAGCAAUGGUGGUGAGGGAGGUGCCGGCUCGGAUGGGGCCGGAGGUGACGGAGGUGACGGAAGGCGACACUUCGACGAUGAGGACGGUGAAAACGAUGAGGAUGAGGAAGAUGACGAAGAUGAUCCGUUUGAGGAGGGUGCCGCGCGCCAGCAACCGCCGGGCAGCACGUCCAAUGUGGCCACCUCCACCGUUUCGUCGAUGCACGUCCAAUCGUCUUCGUCGUCGCCGAUCACGCAGCGUAUGCCGAACCUGAACCUCAAAUCGGUCAUGAUCAAGAAUGCUACCGGCGAGGAGGCGGGCGGUGCGGGCGGAGCGUACGGGAACGAUCGCAACUUUCAGGGUGAUAUAGCGGACAUCAGCACGUGGACGAUAGCGUGGAACAUACACGUCUACCUGUCGGCGAUCCUGUUCACCAUACUGGCGGUGUACUCCAUCUUCAAGAUCAUCUUCUACGACAAGCUGACGCACCUGUUCUCGCAGGCGUACUUCAUCAGCAUCCAUCUGAUACUGAUCAUCAUCUGUCUGCUGCGCAUAUUCUACCUCUGCUACGACGCGUACAACAUGCACUUCAGCUUCAACCUGUUCGUGUCCGAGCUGCUGCUAAAUCUGCCGCUCACCUUCCUCACGACGACGUUCGCGAUCUUGAUAUUGUUUUUGCUGCUGCGCUCGAUCAACCACAAGACGAACCGGUACAGCUCCAUCCUGCGGCCGCUCACCAUCAUCAUCGGUUCGGUGGUGCACGUCACACUGUGCAUCACGCUGCACCUGGUGGAGUCGUACGAGACGAAGCAGUUCUAUCACAAACAGCACCAGCUGCAGCUCCAAAACAAACAGCUGCUGGGUGGAACGGUGGGCGGACGGGGUGGUCAUGCACCGCCCACCAACAUCCAGAUACCGCCGCGCGUUCUGUCGCUCAUCUGCCAGAUCAUCUACAUCUUCAUCUGUCUGAGCCUCGGCAUACUCUACCUGUACAUGUACCGGCUGCUGAAGCGCAUCCUGCACAAGAGCCAGAACUACAUCCACGGCUACAAUAAUCUUUCGUACGCGAUUCACAUCACGAUUGCCACUGCGCUGCUGUUCAUACUGCUUGCCGCCCUUCAGAUCUACGGUGCCAUCAGCAUUAGCUCGCAGACGCGCGUCAAACUGUCGCCGAGCAGUGGACUGCCGGGCGAUGGACCGGGUGGACGACCGGGCGGUGGUGGAACGCUGUGGGCGUCCCACAUCGAGAUCGAUUGGUUCCAGUGGGGCUAUCAGUUUAGCAUCAGGUUCAUCGAGAUCGUGAUCGUCGCACUGCUGUCCUGGGUGACCGGACUGAAGACGGGCACCUCAAAGGUGAUACAGCGCGAGAAGGAUAUGGAGCAACCGAACGCGAGCGGGUUUGCGCUGUUCCCCUGCACGUCCUCCUCCAGCCAGGAGAACUUCGAAACGGACUACCCGGCGGUGUGCAAUACGAACCGCAACCUGCACACGUACACGAUGCGCACGGGCAAACCGAUCUACGACGACAACUUUGCGCUGAAUUCGCUCAACCUGGAGCAAAGCAAUCAGCAGGAUCUGCAGCUCGGUCCGCCGGGCGUUGGCGGUGUGGGCAACGAGUUCCAGCGUUCGCUCGAAACGAACAGCAUGCGUUCGUCGUCGCACAAUUACAGCAACAACUACAACGGUAGCAACAGCAACAACGAACACGGCCAGGAUCCGGCGGAUGAUUUCCUCAACGAGACGGAACCGAUGCCGGACCAUUACGAGAAUCCGAACUUUGAGCUGAAGCAGCAUCAUCACCACCAUCAGCACAGUGGUAGUGGUGGUGCAUCGUCUAACCAAUACCACGACAUCAUGGACAAUUGCUACUCGGAACCGAUCGGUGCCCCGCAGUACGACACGAAGUCGCUGCGCGGUGCCCAGCCGGGUGGACACCCGAUGGCACCACCGCACCGGAACUACGACUUCCAGAACUUUGAGCGGCCGAACUUUGACCCGCAGCAUAUGCCGACGCUCCCGCAACCGUCCGCGCUCAGUGCGGCCCAGUCAAUGGCGCGCGGUGAGUUCCGGGCGUCGAAAAACCUGAAGACGCUCAAGAGUGGCCAGCUGCAGAACGAUCUCGGCGGUGGUGGAGCGAACACGAUGGGGCACCAUCACUACAACCACCACGGUAACAUGCCACCCGGACCGGGCGAUUCGUUUGACCGGCGGAUCGGUGUGCGAAAGAGUGGCACGUUGAACAAUAUCGGGGCGAUGCACUUUAACCAGCAGCACGGUAGCGGCCGCAACAACAACUCCAACUCGUCCGCGUCCUCUUCGUCGGCAUCCUCGAAUAAUCGGGCGGUACAGCAGCAGCAGCAGCGUCGUGGCCCAAUGUCCGGUGCGCAAACGCUCAGCUCUGCCCACCAUCAUCCGCAGCAGCAACCGCCGCAGCCACCGCCCCAACAUCACCAUCCCGCCGGCCACGGGUUUCCGCAUCCCGGCAGCUUCAACGAUCGGUUGCUGAACGGUGCCGGUGCGGAUUCGCUGGAACGGAUCGCCGCUCACGGGCAGGAGGGUGGUGGUGGCAACUACGAUGAUAACGGUGUCAACGGUUACUAUCACAGCAAGAAGCGGUCGCGCGAGUCGUCCAGCUCGAGCUACACGGGCGGUGGUGGUCCGGUACCGUACGCGACCAGCAACGAUCACCAUCCGGCACCACAUCCCGGCCAUCCGCACCAUCAUCCGCAUCCGACGACAGAUUCGUCUUCGUCGCCAACAGCCAGCAUCGGCAAUGGGAGUGGCAAUGGUACGCCAACCGGUGCGCCACCGAACGGCACGACGACCGGUGUGCUGCCGGGGAAGAUGGAACGGGCCCAGGACAAUGGCAGUAUGCUCGUAGCCGAACAGGGCUUUGUGCGAUUCCGUGCCCUAGAGGAACCGACGUUAGGUUCGCGGACGAACCUGCGCGAUAAGGGUGGCAAGAUGUUUAUCAACUCGUAAGGCGCCUCCCGCCAGCCGAUCGUCGUGAAAAGAUUUCCCAACGGCUUCGAGUGGGCCGUUGCGUGGAUGCGUUCGGUGCGUGUGUGUGUAAGUGCGCGUAUGUGAUGGUUUGGGACACGUGGGAGUACGAAGGACACGAUGGUUUAUCUCGAGCAUGUUAGGGGAUCCCAUUUUCCCGUGGGGAUCCGGUCAAAGCUCCUUCUUAAUUACUUACUUUUACUAGUGAAAUGACUUGUAAAAGAGACAUAAAAAAGGGCAAAUAAUUCCGUGCUGUGCAUGUAAAUAGUUUAGUCGACAAGUAAAAAAGAGCGAAGAAAACGUUAUAGACCGAGAAAGGACUGAUCUCUUGAUGUGGGAGAGAGAGAGAGGAUUGGCGCUUUCGGAUGAAAGUGUUGUUCUCUGUGUCUUCUGGACACAUUUUUAUUUUUAGUUAACAUCAUUUGGUGGCACUUCGUAUUUCCUUUUAAAGGAAGUGUGUCAAAGCGACUUUAGUAUCCUUGCGCAGACGUUCGUUCCGUUACGUCGCGUUACGGACGUGCUGGACACACAAAUCUGGCACAAUUGGCUUGGUGUUCAAUUAGACACUUCUGCCUCAUAGAAAGAUACAAGUGUGAGUGGAAAAAACGGACCGAUACGGAUUGUAACGUACUACGUACUACUAACCGCAACACCCAGCAACGUUACGUAGCGUUACCGUAACGAUGUUUGCCUACAUUAAGGCGCAAAUGUCACUGGGAAGAGAUUCCCUUGCAAGAGCAUUUUCAUUGGCUUAACAAAAGGAAACAUAAAAAGGACAACUAUUCUCUCUCCAAUACAACACACAAACAAGAGAAGAUUUUUUUAAAGAGAACAGUUAAAUGCAACACUAAGCUAACACGUAAACUAAUUGUGAUGAUUUAAUCCGUCUCGUGUACGAACUCGUAAAGCAUAUGCGUUAGGCUGUAAAUUCCCUUCCGUUUUUUUUCGUUUUUCUUCUCCCUAUUGCUCCACCAUUUGUUCAACAAACCAACCGGCAUGUGUAGUAGUAUGUGUUGUUAUACAGCAGAACAAGCAAACAAUAGAGAUAUAUAUAUAUAUAUAUACAUACAGAUAUAGUUUGUGUCACGCUUUCUUGCCAUAUGUAAAGGUGGAAAUGGAGAAGUGGAAAUAGAUUAGAGAAAAAUGGAUGUCCAAACGCGCGCAAAAACACAAACACCCUUCUUUACCUACUAAAGCCUCUCUGUCACCAUCACCGCCCACCACCACCACCACCAUCAACCACCACGUGACGUGUCUCUCUCCGUGCCGUACCACCCCUCCCGCAUGUCCGUAUGUGAUCGUGAUCGUGAAUGUUUUGCGGACAAAAUCAUGAAACGCUAGUCUGUUUUAUAUAAAUGUAAACUGUACAUGGACCUGUAUCUAUACUAUAUAUAUAAAUGUAUAUGUGAAUAUCGUUUUAUUUUUAAACUAUUAUUAUGAUUAUUAAUCUAAUUCCGGAUGCAUAAGGCGUAGUAGUUGGAUAAGCAGUCGUGGUUAUGUUUCUUUUUAUCUCCUUUCUCUCAUUCUUUAAUACGAAAGGGCAAGCACACACGCUAAGCUAAGUGAAUCGUGGCAUGUGACUUUUUUUUAAAUAUGUUUCGUUUAAUAUUUGCGUAUUAUCGCGAUUUACACUACCACGGAAAGGAUAAGGAGAAAAUGCCCGACAACAAACAAACACACCGCGCACAAGGAACACACAAGGUGUAAAAGAGAGAGCAUUUAGCAGCACAUUAGCAUUUGUUUCUGUUUUUUUUUAUUCAACAGCGACUUAUUGGUACACCUUUAAGGUCGGAUAAUUGCGUAAGGUUUUGUUUGUGAGAUUUUUAUCGAACUGUCCUUGUGUGCGUGUUAGCUGCGCAAAACAGUUGAACGUCCCCGGCGGUGCGUGUGAUAGUCCGAUGAUAGUACACACCGGUGUAGAGAUGUGUCAAAUCACGCCACUAAAAAAAGCUACUUAAUAAAGAAAAGAAAAAUUUCCCCCGGAAAACCCGUUUCUCGCUAAGCCAGAAAGCGGCAAGGAACGUACGGAACUCGAAACGUUUAGUUGGUUAACUUGAGCGCUUGAAGAGCACCCACUCACAGAGAGAGAGAAAGAGAAAGAGAGAGGUUGAUGGUGCGGUUCGAACUGAGAAUAAUGUAUGUAAAAAGUUUAUUGAUACUAGCAAAAACAAAACAGAAUGAACCGAUCGUUUCGGCCAACGAGCGAAAGCGGUUUAAUGGAAUCGUUUUUGGGAUUUGUGUUUCUUUCCCCGACAUUUUUGUCCCUUCUGUGCUUUUCUCCCACGUCAAAGCCUGUGCACGUUUGUAGACGUCAAGCUAGUUGAACCACAAGUGAUUGUAACGUUUAGAGUAAAACUGCAAACUGUAAAACUCAGUGCAUAACAACUACCAUCCCUCCCCGGGGGUUUGGUAGAGAUUAGGAAAGUAAGCAAAGAAACAAAUAACAAGAAAACAGGAAAAUGAAAGUAGAAUGCUGAAUAAAAGAACACAUACACAAUAGAAGAAAGAAGAAAGAAAAAAAAACAAAAAACAAAGCACUCAAACGAGGAACAAAACAAAAAACACACACAA